AUGGGUCGAGUGAGUGCGAAGCGAAAGCUCAAGCAGUGCGACCCGUUCUUCAAGGGCAAGCGCGACAAUGGCAAGACAAAGACAGCGUACGAUCUGCCGCCCACGCAGUCGAAGCGCUCGAAGAAGCGCUGCCGCAAGAUGCUGAGCGACGAGGCCAUGAAUCAGUUCGUGGCGCGCACGUCGGUCGUCGAUACAAAGGGCUCCGAGUCGACGAAGCAGAAGCUGCAGAUCGAUUCGAUUCGCGAGGGCGAAUCCAUGCGCGAGUUCAAUAAGCGCAUCAGUACCGAAGUGAAGCGCGUUAUCUACGACGCGAACAAGCGCAACCGGCGCAGCAGCGAGAAGCGCAAGACGUUUCUGACCAAGAAGAAGGCCAAGGCGCGCGACAAGAAGAUGACGGAGCAGGAGCGCUACGAGCGCGAGUACCAGACCACGGGCACGACGAAGAAGGACUACUUUGAAGACGCGGCGCCUGCGCGUUUCGGGGAGCGUGUGGACGCCCCGCCGAUCAUGCCGAAGCUCUCGGGCAUUUUCAAGAAACGGGCCGAGCAGCUCGUGCGCGAGAAAGCCAAAGCAGCGAAGAAGGCAGAGGCGCUGGCUGCUGGGUCGCGAGCUGUUCGUCGUGCUGGAAAGUAG